GCCAAUCGACUGACCCGCACGACAUCACCGACGGGCUCCUGGCGCGGCCGACGCCGUUCGAGGCCCGUUUCUCACCGCGCAGUCCGCAGCACAAGACGCGGAUCGAGAUGGCCUGGCAGGAGGCCGAGAAGGACGUUGAUGUCAUCCUGCGGCAGAUCGGCAGCUCCCAGCCUGAUGGGAUCCUCGGCGUGCGCUCGGUGACCGAGUAGACACGAGGAAGUAUAUUACAUGAGUCCAUGUUCGAUUGAAUUCACAUCUUUAUAUCGUAUUCUUGAUUCAAUUAGGUAAAUGUCCGACUCGUUUGACUGUUUGAUUGUCGGCGGCGGCCCUGCCGGCCUCGCCACCGCGCUGGCCAUGGGCCGGGCCAACCGCACGGCGCUCGUCGUGGACUCCCAGCAGUAUCGCAACCAAGGGGCCCCCGCGAUGCACACGGUGCUGUCGCGGGACGGGACGCCGCCAGGUGAGUUCCGCCGUCUGUCCCAGGCCCAGAUCGAGGCAAAGUACCCGCUCAUCUCCUUCCGCGCCGAGACUGUCGUCGCUGUGGCAAAGACGGACGACGGCGGCUUCACGCUCACAGACAGCACGGGGCAGGUCUUUCGGGGCCGACGAUUAGUGCUUGCGACGGGGACAGAAGAUAUCAUGCCUGAUCUGGAGGGAUAUGCGGCCAACUGGCCUGAACAUAUCUAUCAGUGUCUUUUGUGCGACGGCCUCGAGCAGAAGCACCGCCCCAUCGGCGUGCUGGCCUUUGACCACCCGGCAUAUCUACAUCUCUCCUUCAUGGCGCUGCAGCUAAACACAGACCUGACCAUCUUCACCAACGGUCCACGGUCUACCGACCCGGCCAUCGCCAAGGGGAUCGCCACCGUUCUCGCCGUGCCCGGCACACGCAUCGACGAGCGUCGCAUUGUGCGCCUGGUCAAUAACGGGCCGGGAGCUGAUGCGGGCGUCACUGUCGAGUUCGAGACGGGCCCCAGCGUCACCCUGGGCUUUCUUGUUCAUCGUCCCGCGACGCGUAACCGUGGGCAGCCGCUCUUCGACCAGCUCGGGCUGGAGUUGACCCCCGGCGGCGAAGUCAAGGUCGACCCUGUUUUCCUCGAGUCCAGCGUCAAGGGGUGCAUCGUCGCCGGUGACACAAUGGACGGCAUCAAGCAGGUGGCCAUCGCACAGGGUGCCGGUGUCCGCGCGGGAGCUGUUGUGGGCUUGCAACUCACCAAUGAAGCCAUUGCCAAAGCUCAGUCCACCUUGACUGAGCGACGCUGAUUAUAUUAAGAGCAUUUAUGAUAUCUAGAGUUGUUGUGCUUGGUAUGGGGUAUUCUGAUAUAUAACUUAGAUACAUAUAUUCAUACCACAUUGUAUCACCAUGUGGCUACUCCGUCAUGGGGAACUGAGAAUUCAAGAUC